UGCAGCCAAUGACGUCGGGGAUAGCUUAACUCCAAUUACACGGUGCCGGAAUACAACUUUUUUUUUCAAACUGUGGGCUCCAACUUGUACCUUUCAACCUGCUGUUUCUCAAGCCGGGUUACGAGCCUGCGAAUUACAACUAGGUACCUCCUCAGUGGUGCCAUUUUAUUUUCCGGUAAAAAAGGAUAUUGAUUAGCGCGGCCGUUCCCGGGUUAUUGAGUCGGCGGUUGUUAGUGCUAUAUCUCGAUAGAUUCAUCACUGGUCUUCGCUCGCGUUGGAUGAAACUGCGCGUCUUGUUGGCUGGUCGAUUGGCUUGGUUUAGGUGUACUGUGGUUACGAGUAAUAUGAUACGCUCGAUAUGACUUCACGGGCUCUAUGCGGUGGCGCGCGCGCCUCUCGCAAGUGUCCGAGUUUGGGUUCGACGAGUCUAGGCGUGAGCCUGCUAUGUGCCGAUCUGGCCGCGACGUUUGGAAGACUUGGGGCGACUCCUGCUAUACGGAGGUCUGCGCAUAUCAUGCGUACUUCUCCGCUAAGACCGAAUGAAGCUACGUGUUCGAGUUUCACCUUGGUUGGGGCUAGCAAUGCUAGAGUUAACCUCUGGUUUGGGUCCGGGUGUAGGAGGUCUUUUUCGCGGACUAGCAUGGUUCUUGAGGAGCACGAUAAAGCUAAGAAGAAGGACCAAGUUUCCCCCGAAACAUCUCCAAAACCAGCCAUUGAGAAACCUAGAGGAAUCCGGAAGGUCAUUCCCAAAGUAAUACCCGCGCUGACGCAGCACGAGAAUAUCUAUACGGUUCCCAACCUGCUGACGUUUUCGCGUCUUAUCGCCGCGCCUUUCAUCGGCUACGCCAUCGUGCACGACGCGCAUACUUUGGCCCUGGGCCUUUUUGCUUACGCGGGCGUCUCGGAUCUCUUAGAUGGCUGGAUCGCUCGCAGGUGGAAGCUCCAGACUGUUGUUGGGAGUGUGGUGGAUCCUAUGGCGGAUAAGAUGCUUAUGACGGUGUUGACUGUGUGCCUUGCUUACAAGGGGGCGCUGCCUGCAUGGCUAGCCGUCAUAAUACUAGGGCGUGAUGUCGGCCUAGGCAUCGCUGCCAUUUACUACCGGUGGAUAUCUCUCCCGCCUCCGAAGACCUUCACGCGCUACUGGGACUUCUCCUUACCGUCGGCCGAGGUUCGUCCUACUACUAUUAGCAAGUACAAUACAUUCUUGCAGUUAGGGCUGAUGGGAGCUACUAUGGUGACGCCUAUUUUAACCGCGGAUGUUGGACUGGCCAUGUCGGCGUUUCAGUACUUGGUUGCCACCACGACUGUCUGGAGUGGUCUGAGCUAUGUGUUCAGUAAGGAUGCGGUCAGGAUCCUGUCUGAGAACAAAAUCAAGUCCAAAGGUAAGUAGCUUAUUAAAUACUACAACCGUUUAUAUGAUAUUUUGAUCAUCGUGAAGCUUCAAGGCAGUUUCCGCUACCUAAAGGAGAAGCCUACCCCCACUUGUGGUUUAUAACGUGUACAUUAUGACGAGUCGUAUCAGGCGGAUAAGGGAAUGUAUCGGUAUACGAUUUUUGGAUUAACAUGAGUGCGUUGACCUAUAUGGCGUGGAAAGGAAAAUAAAUAAUCUUAUCAUUCCCUGUACAAUUUGACCCUC